UCUUCUCAAACUCCCCAGUCCUUCUUUGCGAGUAUAUAAUGUCGCGGCAGCACACUGCGUCCUCGCGCGACCUCAACAAUACUUCGACGUCUCAAGCCAGGCCGCGACUGGAUGUUCGUGCUGGCAAUGGCAAUAGCAGCGGUCUUAACAGGUCGGCGAUGAACGCCAACCCAGCCAUAUCAAAUCACAGUUCCGACCGCACCAUCUCGCAAAACACCUUUAUGACGCAAGCCGACGGCAGCGGCGGGAACCCGACGCUCUACUCACUGGCCGGGCCACAGUAUAGCCGCAACCAGGGUGCUGCGUAUAUCGACCCGAACUACCGAGCGCACAAUCCGAACUAUGGCAAGGCGCAGGAUGCACCUGUCUGGAGUCUGACAUCCCCAUUACCCCACGUUGUCCGAAAUGGGCGCUGGGGCAAGAGGAAGAAGCCACGGCAAGACCGCCCCGAAGAAGGGGAUACUCAAGCUGGAGGAGAAGGAACAGGAGGGAGUUACUCGCGCCCGAAUGCGAACGCACCGCGCCAGCCGGCGUCCGAAGAAGCACCGGCCUUCGAGCCUCCGGACCAGGCAGACGAAGAGGGCAAGGCAGAAGCUCAGCAGGCAACAGAAGACAAUCGGGAAUUUUUCAACUACUGGGGCAAGAUCCGGCAUUAUGUACGCCAGGAACUGGCUGAGUGGCUGGGGAUGACCGUUGCCAUGCUGCUCGGUAUCUGCGCGGGACUGUCCACAUUCACUUCGUCCAACCUGGCAGGUUCGUUUCCCUCGCUCGCAGCGGCCUGGGGUUUUGGGUUCAUGGUCGCCAUCUACCUUACUGGUGGUAUCUCUGGUGGUCACCUGAAUCCUGCAAUCACAAUCUCCAUGUGGAUAUGGCGUGGGUUUCCGGCGCGCAGAUGCCUCACAUAUACGAUUGCGCAGGUCAUCGGCGCUAUCACGGCCGCGGGAAUUGCAUAUGCUCUUUAUCACGAUGCCAUCGUGCAGCUCGCUGCUUCAAGCCAAGUUCCCCAGCCUCGAACGGACGCGAAGCAGGCGAUGGUGGUGACGCCGAAGCCCUUCGUCCAGCCCGUUGCCGCUUUCUUCACCGAAUUCGUCGGCUCAGCUAUCCUAAUCGGUACAAUAUUGGCAUUGGGUGAUGACUCCAAUGCUCCGCCCGGCGCCGGUAUGCAAGCCUUCAUCAUCGGCAUCAUGAUCACUGUCCUUGUUCUUGCCCUCGGCUACACAACCGGUGGCUGUUUCAAUCCAGCACGCGAUUUCGGCGCACGCGUGGUCACCGUUAUGGCAGGCUGGGGUGGUCAGAUGUUCACCGAAUAUCAUAUCUGGUGGCUCUGGGGCCCCUGGGUGGCUGAUAUCCUUGAGGGGUUGUUUGCUUCGGAGCGAUUCAUGAUAUGAUGCUUAUCAUCUUCACAGGUGGCGAGAGUCCGAUUAAUUACCCUCCACGACGACGCAAGAGGGCUUUUAUUCUCAAGAACCGCAAUGCGAGGGCGCGCAUGGGGGUGGGCCAGGAUAAGAUUCCGGAUUUGGAGAGGGCGGCACAAGAGUUUGAAUAGACGCUCGCUCCGAGUUCGAUCUUUGGUUCUUGAAUAGAAGCUUCUCAAUUGAACUGGGUAUAAAUUUGAUAUAAUAUACGGUUAUGAGUACACGGCAUAGCGCGGCGUCGGAUUGGUUUUUAAAACAUUUUUCUGCUUUCACAUUACUUUGAGAUAUUAUACACGGUUCAUCUCAACUGCUUUGUU